AUGUCACUUCCAGGCUUGGCAAACGCCGAUACAAGUGAGAAACUUGCAAAGGAAGAAGUUGAAAUCGGUGCUAAAUCAGAAUGGAGAUUUGAAGUUGGGUUUGAAGAUACUGCCACUGUUAAAGUUCUCGAAGGCAUUGCUGAAAUAUUUGGUACAGAACUUACAAAUGAUUAUGAAUACAGUUUCACUGGAACAAAAUCUGCAAUUUACUCACAUCAAGGUGCAAAGAUUGAAUACUCCGGUAAUGUUUCUUCAGAGUAUACAUCUGAAGAAACUCAAAUGAAUGCUUAUAUCAAUCUGCAUUUCGCUUUGGAAAACUUAAGAUAUGAAGCGGCAAAUACAAAGAAAGGUCCAAGAGUGUUAAUUUUGGGUGCUAAAGAUUCUGGAAAGACAACAUUGGCAAAGAUUUUGGCAAGUUAUGCGAAUAGAAUGGACCAUCAACCAAUGGUUGUGAAUUUGAAUCCUAAUGAGGGUGUUUAUUCCAUCCCAGGUACACUUUCUGCUGCUCCAAUUUCAGACAUUCUUGACGUCGAACAAGGCUGGGGUCAAACGUAUACCACAGGUCCAACAUUGUUACAUCCAAAGCAACCAAAUGUUAGAUAUUAUGGGCUAGAAACUAUUGAUGAAAAUCUUGGAUUCUACAAGCAUAAUGUCUCAAGAUUAGGUGUCACUGUUUGCAGUAGGAUGGAGGAAGAUGAAGAAGUUAACAAAUCUGGUAUGAUUGUUGAUACACCUCCUUUGAAUAUCAAAGAUGCCUCAUUAAUUGAAGAUAUCGUUUCAGAUUUUGAAAUCAAUGUUCUUUGCAUUGUGGGGAAUGAAAGAUUAUAUAUUGAUUUGAAAAAAAGAUUUAAAGAAAAAGUUACAAUCGUUAAAGUUCCAAAAUCUGGUGGUUGUGUUGAAAGAGAUGACGCAUUUACAAGACAAGUUCAACAAAAAAGCAUUAGAGAGUACUUUUACGGUACUUCAAAAACUAUUUUAUCACCAUAUACCGUUCAUGUUGAUUUUACAGUGGUUAAUGUUUACAAACCAUAUGUUGAAACAAAUGAUUACAUCUCAUCUGUUUUGCCAAUUGGCGAAGAUGAAUCAGAUGAACGAGACUCGAAGGCCCCAAAAUUACUUGAAAAAGUUGAACCUUCAUCUUCAACAUUACAACAUUGUGUUGUUGCCAUAUUACAAGCAGGUAAAAACGAUGAUGUUGACAUUCUCCUGCGAAGCGGAGUGUUAGGGUUUGCAGUCAUAACUGAUGUUGAUGAUACGAAGACAAAGCUUCGAAUCUUGAUGCCCGUUCCUGGAAGAUUGCCUGAUAAUGCAAUGAUAUUAGGAGCUUACCGUUAUUUUGAAUAGAG